CAGGCUAAGAUGGCGGACGACCUGGAUGCGCUGCUGGACGAGGUCGAGAACAAAUUCUGCCGCCUUUCCAGGCGGGACUGCACGGAGCGGGCCCAAGCUCAGGGGAGGAAAAGGAACCGCUUCCGUGAGGAGGAAGAAGAAGCCGAGGCUGAGGCGGUCGCGGCGGGGGAGAGGGCCAGGUUUUCCAAAGUAUUGACAAAAGGUGCUAGUGAAGAAGAGGACAUAGAUGACAUAAUUAAAGAUAUAAUUGAUGAGAACAACUAUGCCAAAAAUCCUGGCAAGACGGAAGCCCUGUGGAAACAAACAUCUCAAUUACCCAGCCCUGCAUCUGAAAAUAAUAUUCCCUCCAUUCAAGCCCAUGGUAAGAGGUGUUGCCCAGUAUACCUUGGCGGAAGCAGUACACCAUAUGGUAUUGGAACAAAUAUUUCACAGAGAACCUGUGAUCAGUUACGUUGUACUGCAUGUGACUUCCGUGUUUCACAUUACAACGACUAUCAGUGGGAUAAAUCGUGUGAUUACCUUUUUUUCAGGAAUAAUAUGCCUGAAUUCAGCAAGUUGAAAACAAAGAUGCUAACGAAGAGAGGAUCACGGGCCUAUGCUUGCCAGUGCUCCUGGAGAUCUAUAGACGAAUUAACGGACCUCGCUAUGGACCGACAGCUCCGUUGGGUUUGUAGCAAACACAUCGAAUGAUAUCGUCUCACUCACUCAAGUGCCCUCUUCUGUAGGAAGACCGUCUUGUCGUUGCUCAGCACCGCGUGUGAUGAAUCAAGUGUGUUCACUGUACAAUUAGAUCUUGUUGCUAUUCCAAGUAUAAGCUGAGCACUUUGCCUUGUCUGCAGUUCCCUUGUGAACUAACCAAAGUGAGUGAAACAGUUAGCCAAACAUUCCAGGUCGGCAAGAAUGUUUUCGUCUUAAGCAUUAGGGAUGUUGCCGUGUUGAUAAAGGUCUUUAGAUUUGCAGCUCCCUCCACUAACAGCAGUACAAGAGGGAUGAAGCGGAAGGGAAAUGGGACCUGUUUCCAGGAAUGCAUCCUGCAGAUCUAGAAAAGAAAGAUACAUAAAAAACUGAAUGCUUUGUCUAGAGCACUUUUUAAAAAAUAUAGUGCAUGAUCUAUUAUGAUGUCUGAAAUGUAGCAUGUUUGUGCACUUAGUAUAUUCCAAAGAUGAUUCUGACAUGGUGGGAUGGGAUAAAACAGCCUCUGGCUUUUUCCUGCAGGUAUGUAGUGAGUCCAAAGUAAAAUUAAUAUUAUCUUAUGGCAGCAGUAGCAGCCUUGGGUGGGAAUCUGAAGCUUACAGUCUGAACAAGAGCAAGUAGUAGUAGCAGUCCAGCAGUGGGAAGGAUAAAGGUACUACAGCUCCCAAAUUGUUUAAAAAAGCAUGAUUUCUAGUUGCAAACCUGAUUCUUAGGCUGCUGUUUCGAUGUACUUUUACCUGGGAAUAAGCCACACUGGACACAGUGGUACUCAAGUCCCAGAAACACACAUAGGAUUGCGUUGCACACUGUUUAUGCCCCUUAACAUAAGAAGAGCCAUGCUGGAUCAGACCGAAGGCCCAUCUAGUCAAGCACUCUGUUCACACAGUGGCCAACCAGGACAUGGUGCAACAGCACCCUCCCACCCAUGUUCCCCAGCAACUUACCUGCGACUAAGUCCCACUGAGCUCAUUGGAACCUUCUUGUGAGUAAAGUGCAUAGGACUGAGCAGAACAAAGUUUUCUUGUAAAGCAGGGACAGGAAUACUAUUCCAGUAUUUUUUUUAAUGUUUAGUGAUAUAUAAAUUAGUACAAAUAAAUAAACCUUGACCCUCCAGAUGUUAUUGUACUAUAACUCCCAUCAUCCCUGAGUAUUGGCCAUCCAGGUUGGGACUGAUGGCAGUCCACCAAUAGCUACAGGUUCCUCCACCCCUGUCAUAAGAGAUAUGAAAAAGUAAAAACAUUUUCUAAAAUACUGUUUUGAAUCAACUGCAUUUCUUUGUGGGGGACUAGGUAUGCAUAAUAUUGGCUGGGUUCAAACAACACAAAAACCCACACUCCAGAUUGAGUGUGGGUUAUCAUUGAACUAUCGUUUGUUAGCACAUCUGGGUUCACAAACACAACAACUCACAGUUCAGCGACAAUCAACACUCAACCUUGAGUGUGGGUUGUCAUGUUAUGUAAAUCCAGUCAUUAGCUUGUUCUGUCCAUACCAACCACUAAGCAGCUUUUAAGCUAAUGGGAAAAUGAUCAGACAUCUGUUUUAAUUGUCUUUUAACACUGCUAGCAUAUUUUCAAAUGUUGUCUUUACAUCUUUGUAUCAAAAUACCAAAUAAAACAAGGUUGUCCUGAUCUCUUUUCAUCCCCAUUUUCCUCUUAAAAUAUACACAAAAAACAUGACCAUAUCAUGACACUUGUUCAGUUGUACUGAGUGUAAUUCUUGUUUAUGUCUUAUUUUCUCAACCUACAAUAUGUAAUACUACCCCAGUAAUAGGUCUCAGUAGAUUUUUCUGUAGCACUGGAAGUUUAAAUGUGCACUGUAGCUUAGACAAUUAUAGCAGGCCAGUAGCAAACAGCCUGAGUGAAUCAACAGCACAUUAGAAAACCAGUUGUGUUUGAGAUAGCAGUAAUGAGCAACAUCACAUGCAAACAAUCCCAUGGUUUUUUGUUGUUGUUGUUGUUGUUGCUUUUCAUACCUUGUAAUCUUUUAGAAUCAGAGUAUAAACAGUUUUGAUAUGUUUUCUUUAAACAAAAGUUUGGAAUCUAAAAGUGUAUGACAUGGGGAAACAUCCCUCUGAUUUUCUCUAUAAUUAAAAACUAUAUUCUUGGCAUUUUUGAAUAAACUGGUUAUAUUUCGUUCACAUUUUAAUUUCCUUUUUUGCUUAUUGGUCCUGAUG